UUGUUUGGGCUGCACGCUAAGUGUUUACAUGUGGCCGUCAUGUCAGCUAUAUGUGCGCUCGGGCAGGAGGUGGUGCUGCUGCUGUGGCGGGUCCGUGUGUUACUAGGCGCGGGGGGUGAGGGGAGGACCCCCGGCUUCUCUCUCUGCACUUGCCAUUGGCUCCCAUGAGCCUCAGCUAUGAAAAUGUCUGGGGGGAAGUAAUAAGCUGGUUGCCCAUAGCAACCGGAGUCCCAUCUCCAAGGCAGUGCAGAAAAUGAAAGUUGAGUGCUGAUUGGUUGCCACGGACAACAAGGCCCACAUUUGGUGAAAUUUGCAUAGGAGGCCUUUUAAUUUAUUUUUUAUGUUUUUAUACCUUUGCCCUAACAAAAAGCAGCGGAGCCGCCCCCGAUCCUGCAAGUUUAUAAUAUACUCUGUGUAUCGCUGCUUCGCUGUUUAUAGGAACUCUGCUUGCUGUCAGUGAAUAGAGGCACACUUAUUUAAAGGGGUAGUCCAGCCCCUCUCCUCCACCUGCUAUGAUGAUGGUCGGACACCUGGCAAAUCUCACACACACCUAACUCAGGCCUCCGACACCGUCCCCCCACUCUCGCAGCUCUGCCAGUAAUACCUUUCACAGCUGAGGAUUUGCUACAGUUCUAGAUGGGCACAUUUUACCCUCCACGUUGCAGCCGACAACGGGUCCCACGGUCGGGCACAGAUUUGUGGUUGUAAUAUGGCUGCUGAAAACGUGCCCAACGUGACUCCUGUGUGAACGAGGCCUAAGGCUUUCAGGUGGUAACGCCCUGCACUGUAGGGGCUCCAUGCCCGCCGUAUGGCGCCCUGCAUCAAGUAUAUGGCAUCCAGUGGAAAAGCCACCAUUUUUUUUAAUCGUACUGACACCGCGCAAAGCCAUGAGUAGGCUGCCAAAUCCAGUAGAUUAGGACACGUGUGCUUUUUCUGAUACAAUUGUCACAAUUUGCCCCAUUUUUGGCAUGUGCUAUAUCGGCAUUGUGCAGUAAGGCUCCAUAAGUCGUUCAGUUGGAUGAAUGACCAAUUAAAGGGGUAUUCCCAUCUCGUAAGGUUGUGCCAUCACUGGGGGCAGCUCGAUGGGAAAGGCUGAAUCCAAGUAGCGGCGGCGUCCUCCCCAGGAUCGAUGGCCGUAAAGAAAUGCCGUGUCCUAAAGACGUGCUCUCGCUUCUUCAGAUGGGGCCGCCCCUUUAAUGGAUGACUGGCAGGAGAGACGGCUUCCGUCACCUCUCCGGCGAUAACCAUGCUUUUUUGUCUCUAGGGCGAUGCACAUGCGCGUGUAGAUGAUGGAGAAGGCGGAAGCCAUUUUGAAUCACACCUUGGAGAUUAUCUCUCUUCUGACUGUAGAGGACUACAUUCUUGUGAAGAGAGAGGCGGACGGAAACAAGUGCACUUACAGCCUCUGCGCUGCGGAGCUUCACAAUGACAUCCUGGACUCCGCAGCGACGCGUCCAGAUCUCUCGUUCACCCUCCUCGAUGUACAGGACCGAAAUCAGAUGAAGAUCCUAGAGCUGGCCAACAAGAUCAUCCGGCUGUUGACCUGUGAGGUGCCCUUAAAGUGUCAGGACGUGGCGGUUUAUUUCUCCAAGGACGAAUGGGAAUAUCUGGAAGGACACGGAGAACAUUAUAACCAUAAGCGAAUGGGUGAAGGCAAAGAACCACUUCCUUUGAACCAUCAGAACAUGGACCAGAGGAGCCCUGUCCAGCACCGUAUCAAAGAGGAACCAGACACUGGAGAAUUUGAAGAAACUCGGCCUGCACAUAGCGUUAGUUGUAUCCCCCCUGGUCAUGUGAAGUCUGAGCCUCGAGACAGCUCCUAUGAGGACACAGCGGACACAAUCCGUACGGAUUCUCCCCAGUUUCAGUCUUCUGUCACAAGUCACAUCUCCAAGGAACCUGAUGACUCCUACGACACUCAGCUCUCUGCACUAGAUGAUAACUUCAAUAAUCAGACUAUGAAGUCGGAGAUGAUCUACCAGCUAACAGUCACCAAUAAUAAAAACUGCCGAAACUCGAGGUGUGGAGGAAGGUUAGGUCCAUGUGAACGGUGCGGGAAACAAUUUGGCAACAAGGCAUCUCUCAGUCGACACAUGAAAAGUCACACGGGGGAAAGACCGUUUUUAUGUAACGUUUGCGGGAAAAGUUUCUCCUGCAGGAAUCAUGUGGUAACCCACCAGCGGAUCCACACCGGGGAGAGACCAUACACCUGUGAAGAGUGUGGCCGGAAGUUCACAAACCAUAAUCAUCUUGUCCUCCACAAGGUGGUCCACACCAAAGAGAAGCCAUAUACUUGUCCCGUUUGCGGGAAAGGCUUCACUAGGCAAUCAAGUGUCGUCAAGCACUCAGGCAUCCAUGCAGAGACUAAGCCGCACGUGUGCAAGGAGUGUGGCAAGAGCUACUGCCAGUACGCCAACCUGGUGGUCCACCAACGACUGCACUCUGGGGAGACACCUUUUAUUUGCAGACAUUGCGAGAAAGGGUUUAUUCUUAAAGCUGCUAUGCUAAGACAUGAAUUGUCACACACUGGAGAGAAGCCGUUUGCCUGUCCCCAGUGUGAUAAAUGUUUCUUUGACAACUCCACUCUCAACAAGCACAAACGUAGGGUCCACCCCAAGGAGUCUGAUAAAUCCUAGUAGACUAGGUAGAAUCUAAUGUAGCGGUUGGGUUGGAGAAGACGUGUGGCCUCAACAUGGCAUUGCUGGUCCAGAGAG